GAAACUUCUAAUGAAUAGUGGACAGUUCGGAUGAGAUUGCGAACACCAAUUUCACAACGACACAACGUUCUAUUCAUCAUCGGGAAGAGCACUAAGAAAUCUCCGUCAUAGUACCGGUUUCUUACGUCAGCAGUCGUCUUCUCAAAAUUUCCGCGCGCUCUCUCUCUCCCCCUGAUUCAAUUUCGCUGAAACCCUAGCUGAUUCAUAGGCUAAUUUGCUGAAAUUUGUAUGAAUUUUGGGGGAAAGAGCGAUUUCGAUAAAUGGGGCUGUACUCGACCGCGACGAUCUCAGCUGACGCAGUAAAAUUGUGUGUGUUUGAUCUGAGAAGGGGUCAACGAGAAGGGGACGAGGUGGAAAAGAUUCUGUUUUUCUAUCCUUCUGAAGUUCCCUUGACUGAACAGCUAUCGGUUAUUGGGCUUAGUGAAGGUUUAAUCACUUUCACAAGAAUUUUCUCUCCAGAUGUUGCUUGUGAAGUCAUUGAGGCUGAGAGGCAUUCUCAUGUUUUCUAUGAGGUGGAGCCUGACAUUUGGAUGGUGAUGGUAGUGGAAAAGAAUAGGGAGUUAGAUGGGAUAUGGCGAAUUGAGGCCCUAAGGGGUAUGCUUAAAGAAGUACAUUCUCUGUUUGUAAUGUUCAAUGGAUCUAUAAGAGCGAUGCUUGACAAGGAAUCUAGUGGAGCACUUGUUCGUUCACAUUUAUUCUCCUUUAUCACCGAUUAUCUAUUUGCAUGUCAAAAACGGUAUCCUUUGGAUUUCUGCUGCUGGGAUCUAUUAGCUGGAAAGAAACUCCAAUUACCGUCCUUCCGCGAUUCUUUACAAGAAAGAGGAACUGUGCAGAUGUUGACUGUUGGACGUGACGCCGCAAUUGAAAUUCAGUCAUUAGUGCGGGUGCUUGAAUCGUGUGCUGGAAGUGCAGGGUGUCACUCCCUUGUCUUGUUUCAUGAUCUGUUGGUCUCAACUUCUCUCUGUCCGGACGACACUGUCAACUUAUACACGUAUGCUGUUAUGAGGAUGUCUCCUCGUGCUUUAUCUACCAGUGUAAGCUCAUGGUCCUAUUUACGGAAAGGAAACAGUUCAGCUCAUCUUACAACAGGAUCCGUCCUUCCAACUUCUUCCUCUUCUUCUGAACGGGUUCAAGGAUCACGCGAUACCUCUCCUAGUGGAGACAAUAGAUAUCUUAUUGCAAGGCCUUUGCAGCAGGACAAAUGGUCAAAAGGGAAGGAUGGUUUUCUUGUAACUAAUCGAUGGGGAUCAGAUAUGCAUGCUUCACUCCCCACUGUUUGGCUUCAGCAGACAAAAGAGAGAAUGUAUCUUUGUGCACAUCAGCACAAAAAUGUUACCAUUAUCCUUCUCAUUCCUGUCACCUUUAUUAAUAAUGCAGACAGAGAGAUUCCUGUACUAAAGCAGCAGCUAUUGGAAAAUGCAUCAUUAAAGAUCUUAAAAGUUGAAGAAAAACUUUCAAAAGGUUGGGGUGGUGAGAAUGCGUACCAUGUCAGUGGGUACCGGUAUCUAUUGGUGGAUGGUGAUAGAAGUGUCUCCAGGGCUUCUCCUGCAGCGAAAGCUGCAACCUUAUCUAAGGAAUCUUUGAUUGCAAUGUGCAAGCUGAGGGAAGAGAUUGACCUAGAAAAGAGUAGAACUAAAGGGGAUGAUGGAAACCAUGGUAAAGACCUGGAGUUGUGCAUCAGGGCAAAAAAUAAUGCGUGGGUUGUCGCUCGGGUAUUGAGAGGAAAAGAGCUCUAUGUGGUUUUGGAGAAAGCCAACGAAACACUUCUUUAUGCAUCAGAUGCCAUCGAGAAGUUUAGCAACAGGUACUGCAAUGGAGCUUUCUCAUAGGACUCGUGUUGACGGAUUUCCUUUAGAUGGGUGCACAAUGAGAUGGAGAAAAAACCCGUUUCUUCUUUUAGACUCUUUGUUAGAUCAUGAUACUUUAUUUUGUUUGUACAUUUCAGCUAAAUAUAGGAAGAUAAUGUACAAGUAGUUUCUACGAGUAGUUUAUUGUAAAAUGUCAACGCUUUUGUUUUUGAUCGGGACGUAUUCACAUUAUUGGUUUAGUAUUAGUGAUAUUCUCUGCCAUCCUUGCAUCUCGAGGUAGUAAACUAGUAAUAUUGUAUGUAAUACCAAGUACUACGUAUAUGAUACAUUUUCUUCUUCCUCAGGUAA